AUGCCAGUGUGUUUCAAAUGCGCUGCUGAUGCAAGGCUUGGGGAGGUGGCCAUCUGGACCAGUCAGGGAUGGCUGUGGGUGCGGAAUUCCGUGCGCCAGUGGGAUGAGCGUUCAGGUUCUUACAUACCACUCCCUCAUUUCCUGUGGUCGCGCUUUGAUGCAAAAGCGCUCCAAGCUCCUGGCAGUGUAUAUUGCUGCAGCUGUUGGAAGGUUUGGGCGCGGCAUGUCAAGCCCGGCAGCAAGUAUGAACUGAGCAGCGCUUGUGAAGAGUUGGCCGUGCGACUGGGGGUGGAAUUUGAAGUACCGAUGAGCCACUCGGGCAAUCCCUACAAAUGCCCUCUUUGCAAGACAUACUUCAACCACGGCACUGCUUCAUUGGAGAGGCACUUGAAACUGAACCACCUGGAUCAAUUUCAACAGAACAAACGGAAGGCAGAUGCAAUGACGCCGCAAAAGGAUUUCGAGCCAGUACUUCAUGUUUCUGGCUGCAGCCAUUAUCCCAUCGCUGCCCUUCUUGAAGGCAGGUACUCUGCGAUCAAGUGGAAUCAUGGGAAGCCUGUUUAUGAAAAAGAUCCCACUGCGAAGCCAGUUCAUGAUGGCCCUAGCUCCGCUUUCAUCUACUUCUGGGAUGAGCGUGACGGAGCCCUUCAGCAUGGCUGGUGGUUCGCACCAACCGUCGGCAACAACAACGUGUGGGCCUUCAAUGGGGCCAAUCGGGAGGCUGAAGUCUUGACGGUACCGGAGUCUGGUUGGAGGAUUCCCUUCGACGGUGACAUCGACAAGAAUCUGAGGGUCACAGCAGGUCCAGCAGAUGAGUUGGAGGACUUUAAGCUGGAGCUUCGCUGGGAGUUUCUGGCAAGCCCAGAGGGAGCCGCCGAAGAUUGGCAACUGAUGAGGCAAGAUAUGAACAAUGUACUUGAGAAGCGUUGGGCCAAACAUUGGGGAGGUGACAAUGGCACCGACAUCUUCUUUGUGGAAGCUAAUGGCUUUAAGUACGGCAUCGAUUGUCGUUGCAUGGUGCAAUCGAAUUUGCAGACGCACCGCAAGCGCCGCAUCCGGCGGGGACUGCCCAGGCCCAACAUGACGCAGGUGCUCCCGAAGCUGGCUGCGAAGGAUGCGGAGAUCGAGCGUCUUCAAGCUGACAAGCACGGUCUCUUAGACGAACGAACGGAGUUGGCUGCCAAGGUGGCCAAGUUAGAGCAGGAAAGAAGCAUCCUGCUGAAUUCACAGGCUGACCAUGCCACGCAGAUGAUGUUGCAGGAAUCUUGGCGCAUGAGUCGCCAACUGCAAAUGAAAGUUUACAAGGAGGUCCCUGCUGGAGACCAGGCCUAUGCCACUAUCCAAGAUGCAUUGCUUGUGGCAUGUCCUCAAGAGCAUUUCGGCGAUUGUCACCGCAUGCGGCGUGUGUCCAUCACCAAAGUCACGCAGAUCUUCAACGUUCGCAUUUGGAAGGACUAUGAGUUCCGCAAGGAUCAAGUGCGAAAGGAGCUGGAAGGACGAGCUUUUCCAUGCGUGACGAGCAACUUGCCUUCAAAAGCGUGCAGCUGGGCUGAGCUGGACGCAAAGAUCAAUGAGAUUUUGGUGAUCCACGGCACUACUCUUGAGAAAACCGAUCAGAUUGCCACCUACGGAUUUGAUGAGCGUCUGGCACGUGAAAGCGGCUUGUAUGGGCAGGGUGUUUACUUCACAGACCAAAGUUGCAAGAGCCUACAGUACUCAGGUGCUGCAACACAAGAUGGUGGCUGCUUCAUCAUUGCACGCCUGGUUCUUGGGCAUCCCUUUUUCACCGGAGGACCCUUGAAGAAUGGAAAGGUCGAGCCUUUUCUGGAUCCCCUAGACCCUUCCAAGGGUCGCUUCCAUUCCGUGAUCGCCAAGCCCGGAACACCCACAGGCCUCGGGCCCCAACCACAAGUUCAUCGAGAAUACGUGAUCUUCAAUGGUGCCCAAGCAUAUCCAGAGAUGAUUGUUCACUUCAAGAUCACCUGA